GGUCUGUUCUUCGGAUCCGCUCAACCUUAAAAAGCCUGAGCGUUCAUUUGCAAGAUGGAAACCAUUCAUACCCAUCCAUCUACUGCCGCACAGGCCAAGGCAUUUACCGCGCCUGGUUCUCUAUCCUUCCCUGGGGGUGCUGGUGAUCUCACCCCGCCUUCGUUCGAUGCUGAGAAGGCGAACGGCCAGAGACCCGUAAACGGCGCUCCUCAGCAGGCUGCAAACGGUACCGGGGUGACUCCCGCCACACCCGCUGCUACACCUGCGGCUGUUCAAGGAGGAAGUGGAUUGACUCCUACCUUGCAGAACAUCGUCGCUACGGUCAACCUUGAGUGCCGGUUGGAUUUGAAGACGAUUGCCCUCCAUGCUCGCAACGCUGAAUACAACCCUAAGCGUUUCGCUGCUGUUAUCAUGCGUAUUCGUGAGCCAAAGACAACGGCAUUGAUCUUUGCCUCUGGCAAGAUGGUUGUUACUGGCGCAAAAUCGGAAGAUGACUCGAAGCUUGCUUCGCGUAAAUAUGCUCGUAUUAUCCAGAAGCUCGGUUUCAAUGCCAAGUUCAGCGAUUUUAAGAUCCAGAAUAUUGUUGGCAGCUGCGAUAUCAAGUUUCCCAUUAGACUUGAGGGUCUUGCUUCGCGCCAUCACAACUUCAGUUCUUACGAACCUGAAUUGUUCCCUGGUCUAAUCUACCGCAUGAUUAAGCCUAAGAUCGUCCUCCUGAUCUUUGUGAGUGGUAAGAUCGUUUUGACCGGCGCGAAAGUCCGAGAAGAGAUCUACCAGGCGUUCGAAAUGAUUUAUCCCGUCCUGCAAGAUUUCCGCAAGGUCUAGAGUCUUUUAAAACAUUGACUUCAUGGUUGACACGUGUUCUUCGAGCCGUCUUCGUCACUAGACUCUUCCCUUCGGUUCCUAUUCGGGAUUUGUAAAUUAACCGACUCUUUAUGAUUUUAUGAAUCUUCGUCUUACGAGUCACGACGUCGUCCUGGGUAGACCAAGCCCACAGACUUUCGUCAAUUGUAUCAUUGUCGUUUUCCCACAUAGCAUUGCAUCGGCGUUUAACAUAGGAAGGACCUAUUACACUGGAAGGAAUAAGGAUGAUUUCACAUCACAAGGAAAAAAAAAGAAAAACCUCUUCAGAUCCGGAUUAACGGCUUAGAUUGCACCGUGAUACUUUCCGGCGGCAUUCGCGCAGGUCGAUGGUGCCGUAUUAAUUCGUGCGAGGGGCGUAGGGCUGUACAAUUGGUCGUAUGGGGUCGGUGGAGGUUGUGAUACCUCGAAUUGCCCGUCAGUAUCGGUGGUUGCGUUACGAGGGUGAUAAUGAUGAGGUGGAUGCGAUCCAUCUUGGCGGAUACACUCCGCAGAGCUUGCGAGUAGGGGUGAUAUUGGUUGUAUGCGUCAUGAUCCGUCUGGACAUAUUAGUAACAUCUCGCGUAUUCCUCACGAUCCGUUACAGAACAUCGUUUGGACUUCAGAGAUGGAUUAUCGUUACUUGAGGUUCUUCCUUAAGCAAAUCAUACAUCUAUUCACCCA